AUGGGGCUUCUUACCAUCCAAAAUGACCAAAAGCAAUUAUGUUUCCAGAAUGCCUUAGUGGAACAGAAUUUUACGGCUCAAAAGGAAAUUUGGACUGCUGGGCAACAAGUUCCAGGUUGCCCUGGGAAAUACCAAUGGUGCUCGCCGAUGCUACUAGAUUUCAUCAGGCCUGAUGUGAAAUGGGAAAAUUACGAUGGCACCAAUGAAAAGGAAAAAUGCGUUAUUCUUAAAAUUCAGGGAGAAAAUGUAUCCGUGUUUGAUGAACCCAAGCUGUCCAUCGACGAUUGUAGGAAAGAAAAAUCCUUUAUUUGUGAGGGUAUUCCGUAUGGAAUGAAUCCCACAAAUGGUGCUGUUAGCGAAUGCCUUGAAAUUUACAAUAUUAAACCUAGAGAAAUAAAAAAAUUAGAUACUGAAGAUUAUAACUCAGUGAGCUAUUCAGUGAAAGUGUAUGACAGAAAUAAAAUAUCGAUUGAUUGGAUAACAAAUAUCAUGUAUCUUUUGGGACCGUGA